AUGAAUGACGUUGCCCCAUACGUGGACUCAAAAACCGUCUUCCUCCUUGUACGUACACCCAGAUUGACAAAACCUGCCGGAACCCCUUUCACGUUUGACCAUCCCAUAAAAUCGAAUAGUGGUACUAAGAGGGAUCCGGUCUCUGUUCAAAAGCCUCUAUGGUCCUUCGUGGUGGAAGGCGUUCUCGAGUAUGCGCGACUUGUCUUUGAUCUCUUUUCGGCCUCUAAACCGAUCUCUAUUGUGACGGUUGAUUCCGAGGAAAAGAUCAACUCGGUUUGGUAUGAAGAAGAUCAGAGUCUGGAAGCUGUUUGGAAAAUAUUUUCCAACGAAGGUCUCUCCAACGCUUCUCUGGGCGUAGACUCCCUGGAUACUUUACCCGGUUUACACUCAUGCAAAAGCGUUCUUCAACUGCCCACACCAGCGCAGAGUGCCGGUGGCGUCAAGGUUAACGCUGGUCGUGUCAUUGUUAUUGGAACAGACUUGAAGUACCGCAUACAUUUCGAAAAGAUUCGUGAACCACCACAGGAGUCAGAGUAUCUUCCUAUAAAUGCCAGUGAGUGGAUCUUCGUUGAUGUCUGUCCUGAUCCAGAUGCGUCUGCCCGUGAAUUGAAGGCCGUUAAGGUAUUAUUAUCCACCAUUAAGCUCCUAGAUUUACAAUAG